UUUAAUUUUGUUAUUUUAUGUUAGGAGGACAAAACAAGAAUGUUAAUCAUGACGUUCUCAGAUAUUUGAGUAAUGUUGCUAAAAUCAAGGAUUUAAAUUGGUCGAAGUUUAUCCUUGAUUCUCUUGUGAAGGCGAAGAUCAAAUGGGAUGAGCUUCCUACUCGCUACUUUCCAGGAUCUUUAUUAUUUCUUAUGCUUUUAUAUGUUGAUCAUUUUGUCAUUGAGGAAGUUAGAGCGAAAAGAGAAACUCUUGUUCUCAAAGGCUGGACAACGAAUAUGUUGUCUAGCCGUGAGAAAUUGGAAAUUUUUAAGGGGAGGCUUGGAAUUUUCGAUAAAAAUCUGAAGGUUAUUGGUCCUUCUGGCAGCAAACAACCAAAAAUGGAAACAUCUGUUCCAACUGUUCCACAAACUAAUGAAGAUGUUGAAGUAGAUCCAAAGAAGAAUUCUAUUCUGUGAAGUUUGGUUGGCAAAAUUGGGUUGUGGAGUAUCAGCAACAGUUGAAUAAUGAUGCAAUGUGGCACUCUAUUAUGGCGCAUCAAUGGAGUAGAGAAAUCAGCAAAAAAAUAUUUGCUCAUUUGUCAAAUGAGCAUUUAAUU